AGGUGGCUAUUGGAAGGAGAGUGGGAGCCGGGCGCGCCCUGGUGUUGAGUCGAGCCAUAGCUGUGGUCUUCAUACUAUGGGGUUGUGUCACUUCUGUGUGCAUGGCCAUGGCAGCUUCAUUCAUUUCCCCGACGAAGGGUGGAUGGUCUCAAGACACUCAACUUGCUCACGCUCCAGUGACGGCACUGGCUGACGUCGAUGCCUUGCCGGAACAGACUGAGAGGUUCCGUCUCGGAGAUGGCCAGGCGGCUGUUCCCUCAGAAGAGAACGACGACCUGCUCGGUGGUGGUCCCGCCAUGGUAGGGCGACCGGUCGUGCUGCCAGGCAGGCGGUCGCUGUCAGAUCGCUACCGGUCUUCAAGAAUCUCUGCUGAGCUGAAAACAAUCCAAGAGCAGAACACCACCGCUCCCCAACGAGGACAACCUGUUGUCCCUUCUGCUCCCCCCUCUCACGCUGGACUCUCCACCCAGCCAUGUCGACAAGCUUUGGAGGGCAGUCGCGCAGGUGAAGCCAGUUAUAGCGAUGGCCACGGCUAUGGAGAUGCAGAUGCACAUGACGAAGAUGCAGAGGCAGAGGCAGAGGCAGAGGGAAAUGACAAGCCUACGGCUUCCCUACAGCAACGGAGGAGCUGGUCCCGAUCGGCGAGAGCGAAGAUAGUCUUUGGCAGCGGCCCCGAUCUGGAUCUGGCUGGCGAUACCGAUCCCGACUCGAGUCAGUCCGCACUUCCCAGCACGAUGAGGGCUAAGAUGAAGCACCCCAUCCCGACCGAGAACACGAGCGAUGGCGUGACCUCUAACAGCACAACAACUGCUGGCCGUCAAAGCAAUACCAAGGCCGAUGGGAAGGACGGGCCCGGCAUGGCGAUGGCGGCGGCCUCAGCUGCGAUAGACUUCAUGUCGGGAUCGGGAUCCCGUGCUGGACAGGCGUUCGGUUACGGCAAGGACACGAAAGGCGGCGGCUCCGGGCCUAUUGUUGUUGUCGUCAACUACGCCGACUCGGGCGAGGGGACUCUGCGCGAGGCCUGCAGUCGUUCGGGCUCCUUGCGCAUCGUCUUCGCAAAGGACGGGGAGAUCAGGCUGGCCUCGCCUGUGCCUUGCUCGUCGGACAAGACGAUCGACGGUGGGGGGAAGAAGGUGAMSAUCUCUGGCUAUGGCAUCGWMGUSAAGRRUCAGSAGAAUGUGAUCGUCAGGAACCUGUGCUUCGCUGGCUCGAGGAUGGAUGGGAUCACCAUCAGGCAUAGCACCAACGUGUGGAUYGAYCGSUGCUCAGUCACGAGAGUCGGCGAUGGCGGCRUCGACGUGGUCGGKGCUUCGUACGGUGUCACCAUCUCCAGCUGCUACUUCUCCGGRAUAUGGAAGACGAUGCUCCUCGGCAAUGGCGACRAGGAGAYCGGGGAUAGGGUGAUGAGGGUUUCUGUUGCCUUCAACUGGUUCGACAAGUGUCUGUCCCGCAUGCCACGCGGUCGCUUCGGUACCUUCCACGUGUGUUCUAAUCUGUACACCGACUGGGGACACUACGCAGUCGGGGGCUCCAUGGGAGCCAAGCUGUUGGUGGAGAAGAACAUCUUCCGCGCUGGUCGGACCUUGGAAGUCAACGGCUUUGACCCUGAGGGCAGCGAUGGCAUCACGCUCAUGUUCCGGGACAACCAGCUGCUCAACGGGGCCCAGAUUGACAGUCAGAACUUUGGGACUGUCUCUGUCCCAUUCUCCUGCCCGGCGAAGAGCGAAGCGUCGAUUCGAAGCAGCGCGGGGUGCGGAUACCCAUGCAGCUAAUCUAGACGGUCACCCCCCUCCCCCUUCCCCUCCCCCUCCCCCUCCCCCCCCCUGUUCCUCCAUCCGCCCGCACUGUUUUGUGGCCCCCCUUGCGGCAGGAGCAAAUCGCACUGCAGCGACUCAGCGAGGGACAGCUCUUUUUCCACCUGCCUUCUUCCCCCCCAAUAGAACGUACGGUCAUUAUCCCUGUACCUAGAAUGAAAGAUGCCUCAAAUA